CCGUAAAAGCGCCCGCGGGCAGUAACGGGCACAAUGCUGGACACGCGCGGGGGCACGGAACCCGCCACGGUCUCCCCGGCCCGCUGCCCCUCGGCCGCCGGGGAGAAGCUUGGGUCCCCACGCCCCACAGGCGCCCGCGGUCUCCCGUCUGCCACACCUCGCCCGCCGCCACCUCUCUCUGGCUGGGGCUGGGAUCGAUCGAUCGGCCGAUCGGCCGCCUGCCCUUCGCUGCCUGCCUGUUGCUAGGCAGAACCCCACGCAGUUGCCUUGGUUUCUUCGGCCCCGCCUUCCGCCCGGGGUCGGGAAACAGCGGCAGGGACCUGGAGAGCCCUCGGUGCAGCCCGUUGCCGCUCCGCCAUGGAGCCCGAGAAGAGAAGAACCAAAGAAGAUACUUGGAAAUCAGAUGAACUUAAGAAACAUCUUAGGGUAUCACAGUCAGAUAGUCAAUCUGAAGAUAAGAAACAGAAGGAAAAGAAACUGCAAAGAGCUAUAGAGACUCAUGACAUGGUUGAUUACAAAGGAUACAGACACAAGGAUCAAGACAAGGACAGAGGAAAGGCAAAAGAAAGGACAGGUGAACGAGAGAGAUUUAAAUCUAGUGAAAGAGACAGGGAUAAGCUAAAAGAAAGAGAAAGGGGAAAAGAUCAUCACAGAGAACAAGAGAGAGAGAAAUUUAAGGACAAGGACCAAGGAAAAGAUGCAGAGAAGGAAAAACACAUUAAAAGAAAAGAUAAAGAGAAGGAGAGUGAUAAAGAAAGAGACAGAAAAUAUAGGAGGGAUGAGCUGAAGCAAAUGCUUAUACAGAAUAACCUGAAAGCAUAUGGAGGAAGUGAUAAAGAACAACGCAGAAGAAGAGAAAGCAAGGAUCAAUUGGAGCAAGCAAACAUAAGGGAUGAAGUGAAAGAGAGAAGACAUACAGAAAGAAAAGUAAAGGAAGGAAAAAAAAGUGAGAGCAAAAAUAGUCUUGGCGAGUUUUUAACAAAAAAAGAUGAAGAAGGUGGACAUAGACACAAGUCACACAGAGAUCAAGAACUGAAUAAAGACAGAGGGAGGAGUCAUAGGGAUAAAAGAGAACAUGAACAUUCAGUUAGGGGAGGAAAAGAGAGACCUUCAAAAGAAAGAAGCCAUGAAUUGUUUGUAAAGGAUGGGGAAGAAAAAUAUGUGUUAAGGAGACCUAAAGAAGGAUCUUCCAUUGAAGACAGAGAAAGACAACUGAGCGAGAAUAAUGAAAAAAGACAGAGGGAAGAAAAUGAAAGAAAGAAAAGAGACCUUAAGAAGACUGAACACAAAAAACAAGGAAAGAGCUUAAGAGAAGAAGAAACCAGCCAUCAUCAUGAAAGGAGUGCAACAGAUAAAGGAAAGAGCAUUGAAGGGAAAAAAGAGGACACGAGCCAAAGGCAACACCAAGGUGAACAUGUGUCAGCAUGGAAACCUAUGCAGAGGCAAAAAAGUGAGGAAGAACUUGAAACCAGUGAUAACUAUUUGACAAAUUAUGAAGAUGAUUUUGAAGAUUAUGUAGAUGAUUUUGAUGACGAUGAUGAUGAAGACAAUGAUAGUGAGGCUAGAGACUCAGAAGAAAGACUAAGAGAGAUCCCUGUUUCCAAAAAAUCAGAAAUAGAAGAAAUUCAAAGAGCAAUUAAUGCAGAAAAUGAGAGGAUUGGUACCUUACUACCAAAGCAAAUUCAAAAAGAACAUGAAAAGGAACCAAACAUGGAAAGGCAAGAUUCUCCUGCCAGAGGCUCUCUUUGUGGAAUGUUCAUGGAUUUUGAAACAGCAAACCAGCGGCAAAGUAACCGAAAUAUGGCCAGUAAACAGAAGAAACGCAGUUCAGAACUGCUCCGACUAAUUGACCUGGAUUUCUCAGUCAGUUUUUCUUUACUGGAUUUGCCUCCAGUGAAUGAAUAUGACAUGUACAUCAGGAACUUUGGAAAAACAAACACUAAACAGGCAUAUGUUCAGAGCAAUGAGGAUAAUCUUGAGAGAGACGUUCAAACAGAUGAAAUAGAGACUCUAGAAAAAUGGACACAACAUCCAGGAGACAGUAUCCUUGUAUCUGGAGGUCCCAGAAGCAGCAAUGAUGUGUCUAUAGAUAUUGCUGUAACACCUAAGAUUGAUUCACAGAGAUUAACAAACUUCCUCCGGUCUGCUUGUCAGGUGAUUGCUGUUUUGCUUGAGGAAGAUCGAGUUGCAACACAACCCAGGUGGAAUCUAAGAUCUCGACAAACCAGUCUGUCUAUUAGUGAUAGCUGCUUCCAGUUAAAUACUAAUCUACCUUUUCUCCAUGGCCGAAAGGUAUCCUGUUUGCACGUCUCUCAGGUUCAGAGGCAGGCAUUGCUUUCUGUUCACGGGUUACCUGAAAAGCCAGGUGCUAUUCAAUUGGACAGGAAGUACAUCGUAUGUGUAUGGAAUGUCUGGCAGCCUUCCAGUCCUCAGAAAGUUUUAGUUUGUGAAGCAGAGGUGUCAUGCUGCUGCUUUAGUCCCAGUAAGGCAACUUUAGUAUUUGCCGGAACAAUGGAUGGUUCAUUGGUAGUGUGGGAUCUCCGAGAAGACUCAAGGAUGCAUCACUGUAUAAAGUUAAAUGAAACUGACUGGAUUUUUAGAGCUCCAACAUUUUCUACUGAUGGUGUUCUCUCCUCGUUAAACCACACAUAUCCUGUACUGGCAAUAGAACCCGUCUCAACAUCUGUCUAUAAGGAACAGAAUUAUGGGCUCUCACACCUAUCUUCUCAAGAAGAAAUGUCAGGCCUGUCAUUCCAGAUAGCUUCAAUGGAUGAAAAUGGGACUCUCAAUCUGUGGGUAGCAGUUGAAUUACAAAAAGUGGAUUUGGCUGGUUCACAAAGUGAUUUAGGUUUAAUUCCUGGGGGGAAAGUAAAGUUAGUACAUAGCUCUACUGUUCAGUUGAAUAGCAGCCUUUUCCCAAAAGAUAUCCUAUGCCUGAGGACACCUCAAACACUGAAUAUUAAGUUUCUCCCUUCUAAUCCUAAUCAUUUCAUUGUUGGAACAGACAUUGGUGUGGUAAGUCAUGGUGCAAGACAUGAUUUAAGAGUACCUCCAAAGCUGUUCAAACCCCAGCAGGGUGGACCAAGACCAAUAAGAGCUAAUGCAGUUGAUUUCUCCCCUUUUGGAAAGCCAAUAUUUUUGGUUGGCUGUUCAGAUGGAAGUAUUAGAUUGCACCAAAUGACUUCAGAGCAUCCCCUCAUACAGUGGAAUGACAGCACAAAUGGCCAGCCAGUUAUUGCCCUCCAGUGGGCUCUUACAAGACCUGCUGUGUUUUUUGUCCUGGAUGCAUCAUCUUGUGUUUACAUUUGGGAUCUACUGGAAAACGACUUGUGUCCUGUAGCCAAACAAAUUAUCCAAUCAGAUAAGGUUAUGACUAUGGUUGUAUUGGGUGAACCGGAAAAAACAAAUGGUCUGUUGGGGAUCGCAUUGGCCAAACAAUCUGGAAUAAUUGACAUUCAGUAUGUAAAGAAGAGGUGGGCAUUACCUCAGUCAGAAGAGUCAGAAAAACUACUGUUGCUCUUGCAACAAUCCUUAUAAAGCAGAGAAAUGGUCUUUUUCUGCGUGUACAAAUAUGGCUGGCUAUAUUUAGAAUUUUUCAUUUGAUUACUGUAGUUAAAAUUUAUUAUUUAAGAGCUUUUGCAUUUGUAUAUAUAUUGUAUAUAUUUUACAAGAAUGUCAAUACAGUAUUUCAACAGAAGAUACAAUAUUUUUGUUAAUUAUAAAAAUGACAGAACAAAGCUUGGUAAUAUUGUACCUGAAGGAAGAUAAAUUGUGGAUUUAAAUGUAAAUAUAUUUUACUGAAAAGUAUCUAUAAAUGUUCACAAUUCCAGAUUGUGAAUAUUUAUAGAUACUUUUCAGUAAAAAAGUGAAAUCAUAUUCCUAUAAAAUGUGAUAUGCUGCUUCUCAAUAUUGCGCUUUGAAGCAAACUAUAUCCUAUGUGUAAAGCUAAAUGUAUGCCUUUCUAUAACAUAAAAGGCUGUAACCAUGUUCAGGUUACCUUUGGAACUUU